AUGGCGUGCUUCGUCUCCCUCCACGCUCUCACCGGCAUCCGUGGCGAGCGGACCAUGUUGUUACCGGUGACGGUCCAUGGCGAGCGGCUGGUGGCCCUGCUGGAUACUGGCUCCACCCAUAACUUCCUGCCCGCGGCGACCAUGCGUCGGCUAGCACUGCCGACCACGGGCGGGGAGCGCCUGCGGAUCACGGUGGCAAACGACGAUCGCCUCCGGUGCCAUGGGCUCGCCCGCGACGUUCCCAUCUCCAUCGGUGGCGAGCACUUCUCCAUUACAUGUGCAGGCAUCGACCUCGGCUGCUUCGAAUUCAUCCUCGGGGUGGAUUUUCUCCGGACCCUCGGGCCCAUCCUGUGGGACUUCGACGCACUCUCAAUGACGUUCUGGCGGCUGGGCCGCCGCAUCCGGUGGGACGGCCUUGGGGGCGCCGCGCCAGCCGUGCCACACCUCCAGCUAGCCGCCGCGUCCCAGGAGGCCGAGCACCCCCUGCUAGAUCCCCUUCUGCAGCAGCACAGCGACCUCUUCGACGAGCCACGGGGUCUUCCACCCGCCGGGGUGUACGACCAUCAUAUUCACCUCGUACCGGGCUCCACCCCCGUGGCGGUUCGGCCCUACCGCUACCCUCAGCUGCAGAAGGAUGAGUUGGAGCGACAGUGUGCCCUUAUGCUCGCGGCAGGCAUCAUCCGGAUCUCCAUGUCGCCCUUCUCCGCGCCGGUGCUUCUCGUCCGUAAGUCGGACGGCACGUGGCGUUUCUGCAUCGACUAUCGCGCCCUCAACGCGCUCACGCUCAAGGACAAGUUCCCUAUACCGGUGGUCGACGAGCUCUUGGAUGAGCUGCAUGGGGCGCGCUUCUUCACCAAGCUCGAUCUCCGGUCGGGCUAUCAUCAGGUGCGCAUGCAUCCAGACGACAUCGCCAAGACGGCGGUUCGCACCCACCAUGGCCACUUCGAGUUCUUGGUGAUGCCCUUCGGCCUCGCCAACGCCCCGGCGACUUUCCAGGCCCUGAUGAACGACGUCCUUCGACCCUACUUACGGCGGUUUGUGCUUGUUUUCUUUGAUGACAUUCUUAUCUACAGCGCCACCUGGGCCGAGCACCUCCAGCACGUCGCCAUCGUCUUCAACGAGCUUCGGGCGCACCACCUCCACCUUAAGCGCUCGAAGUGCUCGUUCGGGACACCUACCGUCGCCUACCUCGGCCAUGUCAUCUCGGCCGACGGCGGGCUCUCCGCGGGUUCCUCGGCCUCGCCGGCUACUACCGGAAAUUUAUCCGGGAGUUCGGGCUCAUCGCGGCGCCCCUCACGCGGUUGCUUCGCCGCGACGCUUUCGCCUAGGACGACGAGGCGACGACGGCGUUCGAGGCCCUCAAGGGGGCCCUCACGACGGGCCCCAUCCUCCAGAUGCCCGACUUCGACCGCCCGUUCGUGGUGGACUGCCGUUCGUCAUUGGCGGCCGUACUUGUGGGGACGGUCCUUCCACAUUCGCACGGACCACUACAGCCUGAAGUUCUUGCUGGACCAACGGUUGUCGACCGUGCCGCAGCACCAGUGGAUCAGCAAGCUCUUCGGCUUCGACUUCUCCGUCGAGUAUCGGCCGGGCCGUCUUAACAUCGUGGCCGACGCGCUGUCCCGUCGCGACUCCGACCUUGCUUCCUCCACCGAUGAGUCCGCCGGGGCGGCCCUGUGCAUCCGCUCCGGGCCGACGUUCGGUCUCUUCGCCGACAUUCGCCGCGCCACUGACGGCCGACCACACUGUUAA